AUGGCCACGCUCUCAAUUCCACAAGAGGCACAAGCCCUCAAUGCCUAUGACGACAAGAGCUUUAUCAAGGAAAAUCAUAGUUAUCAAAUGCACCCUAAUGACCCGACCCGGGUGGCUGUUUUUCCGGCCGAAAAGGCCCGCGGCACCGACUUUGAACCCUUCCCCGUAGAGACACGCAACUUCCACAUCAACAUACCGCCGCCAUCGCCGCUGCAGCUAUUCCAGCUUUUCCUUCCUAUUUCCCUUGUUGAGAGAUGGGUCCAAUACACUCAAAGCUGGCUCUCGUGGCUCAAGGAAAAUGACGUUGUCGAUAGCUGGAAUCACCCAAUGACGAAGAAUGCCAGGCUGCGAGCUUGGCAAGGGACCUCUGUUGCAGAAGUAUAUGUAUGGCUUGGAGUGCUAAUUUAUAUAGGUUUACAUAAGGAAAGGACCAUUAAGAGCCAUUGGAGUACUCCAAAGCCGGGGGAACAGCGCCCUUUACACUCAAUCAUCAAGUUCAUGCCCUAUUGGAAGUUUCAGAUCCUUCACCGCCACCUUCGCCCUUUUGACUACACCAAGAUCGACGAGACCGCGCCUCUUCCGAAGGUAUUCCAAGCCUGUGAUGAGUGGUCUGAUCAUAUACAAGCUGCGUCGGCGGAGAUCUUUAUCCCGGGCUCUCAUCUCGCUGUAGAUGAGUGUAUGAUCCGCUUCACGGGCAGGUCUAAUGAGACAACAGUCGUCAAAGGCAAGCCCAUUCCUCGAGGCUUUAAGAUCUGGGUUAUCGCACAGCACGGCUUCUUUAUCCACUGGUUCUGGCACAUCACGGGCGCCCAAUACGGCGCCGUUGGUGUUGAGCUUCCUCCCGCAAAGCGCCGCUGCACCCGCCGCACGCAAGGAUCACAGGAGACACAGGGGAGCUCCUCAGACGAGCCUAUCGCCUUGAACUCGACUCAAAGCGUCGUCGUGGCCCUAGCAAAUAUACUGCCAAAAGCGACAUAUCACGUCUUCGUCGAUAACCUCUUCUCGUCGUCAGAUCUCUUCCGCAGCCUCCGUAUGCAUGGUCACGGAGCCACAGGCACGGCUCGACCUAACAGCGGCAUCAACGAGGAGCUUGUUCAUGAUCUCAGAGGCGAUAAAAGGCUCAGUACGAGCUAUGACUUUAACCAGGUUAAAGUGAUCCCUACGCCUGACAAUAAGGUCAACCAAGUCGCUUGGAAGGAUAGCCGCCUCGUCCUCUUCUUCACGACUGUCUUUUCCGGCGAGGAGCGAGUCGAACGUCGCAGGAAGAAGCCCACCUCCAAGAAGCCCGAGGCCCGGCAGAUACGCCGCUUCUUCGGCGAUGAAGUCAUCAAGGAUAUCUCUAUCCCUACUAUUGCCGCUGAGUAUAACGAUGAGAUGAAUCACGUGGAUCGGGGCGACCAGUUGAGGUCAUAUUACGCCUAUGAUCAUCCCUUGCGCCGCGGCCCUUGGCAGGCUCUUUGCUGGACCUUCCUGCUUGACGUUGCACUCGUCAAUAGCUAUGUUAUUCAGUUGCGGGGCCCGAAGCCAAGUUGGAAGCGAUUCACGACUCAGAGAGAGUGGCGAGAGUGCAUUUACAAUGAGUUAUUCAACACCUACGGCCAGGAAAGUCAGUCGCGGCAACGUUACAGAGCCGGCGACGAGCGUGACCUUCAAAACCCUGAUUUACAGCGUGUUCACAUCAAUCGAGAGGUCAAUCAUGUCAAUCGCAAGGUAAACUCAGACUGCCUAGCUUCCGUGUACCCCAGCGUCUUCGUCCAUCCCAUCGCCAGCCAGGCCGUGCCACCACGAUUCUGCCCUUGGUCCGUCCUAUUCCACGAGUUUGGCGAGGAGGAGUCGCACCAGCCUCCAAGCCUUCCGCAGCCAGACUCAAGCUUGACCGUAUGA